CGCGCAGAGGAAGGGCUGCAGAAGUGGAUGGUGUACACCCGAUUUUUCGAGCUCAUUGCCGUCUCGUGUCCUAUGCAUGGUUUUUCAUGAUAAUCUCUCAGACGUAGGACUGAACACAGAUUUGUUCACAUUCAUCAUCGGAUAACCAUUUCACCAAGAAGCUGGCGAGUGACCACGAUCGUCCAUCUCUUCGGUUUUAGGGAUUUUCUUAACCAUACAAAGGACCUUCACUGACGGAAGCCAAAUUAGUUUGGGAGCAAAACAGGCUACGGAUAAACGUAGGAUCAUAUACUUAGCAAAUGUAGCAGGCAUGCCAUCAGGGGAUGAUUUUAAAUCUCGUCGGGUCCUGAGGGGAAAAUAAAGAAGGCGAAAAUAAUUGAGGUCCAUAACUCCUGGACAAAGAAGGUCUUCUGGUCGAGGAAACGGUGUAUGUUUCUCUAACACUAACCACCCCGGACAAUAAGGCUAAUAAUAUACUUUUUAGAAGUGGUUAAAUAGAGGCUUUAACGUUUUAGCUUCUAACCAAGAAGAUACGCUGGAGAAACCAAACCAAACAAACACUGCACUUGACUGAGCGAAUCGCUUGUCAUGAAAAGUUUCUUAACUUUUUUAAAGAUAUAAUCUGUUCUGAUAAAAAACAAAACUUGAGGGUUAAUUUAAAAUCAAAGUAAUAUAUUUAUUUAUUUUUUUUUAGCGUAAAGUUUACCUCACUGGUUUGUGACACCGCGGACCGUGGACUACAGUGCUGCUCGUUCCCAAUGCGGGUAGUGGUGCGGUCAAUGGGUACACAGCCCAGCUGACGGUACUUUAACAUCAGUCCUCCGUUUUCCUUUUUUUUUCUGGGACACGUUAAUCGGUAGCGAUCGCAUUGCUGUCGGGAGCCAUAACGCCAUCAUGCAGCUCGUAUCUGGGAAUGUGGCUGCGCUGUGGAUCGUCUUACUGGAGUGUCUGCUGAAAUCGGUGGCAGAGGAAGAGGUUUUAAUGAACACUAAGACCGAAACAUCUGACCUGAAGUGGACAAUCUAUUCACGCACCAAACCUGAGUGGGAGGAGGUGAGUGGCCUGGACGAGGAGAAUAACAGCGUGCGCACCUAUCAGAUCUGCCAGACGGAUGGCUCGUCCAGCCACUGGCUGCGCAGCAAGCUGAUUGAGAGGCGGGACGCUUCGCAGGUCUACGUGGAGCUGCGCUUCACCAUGAUCGAGUGCUCGUCCCGCAACACACACCACCGCUCCUGCAAGGAGACCUUCAAUCUGUUCUACUACCAGAGCGACGCCGACGACGCCACGGCCACACACCCCGCCUGGAUGGAGAACCCUUAUGUCAAGGUCGACACGGUAGCGGCGGACUUCCUGCUACGGAAGGGCGGCGAGAAGAAGUUCAACGUGAAGACACUACGCCUGGGGCCACUGACUAAGCGCGGCUUCUACCUGGCUUUCCAGGCGCAGGGCGCCUGCAUGGCGCUGCUCUCGGUCCGCGUCUUCUUCAAGAAGUGCCCCGCCCUCACGCGCUCCCUUUCCACCUUCCCCGAGACGGUGCCCCGCUCACUGGUGCAGGAGGCGGUGGGCCGGUGCGUGGAGAACGCCGCCCAGCCCGGCCCCAGGUCACGCCCACCCAAGAUGUUCUGCGGGGAGGACGGACAGUGGGUGGAGCAGCCCAGCACCACCUGCACCUGCCUGCCGGGCUACGAGGCCAGCCAGGGGGAACUGGAGUGCAAAGCGUGUCCUGCGGGUCACUUUAAGCUGGACUCUGGCUCCGGUCCGUGUUCUCCGUGUCCGGAGUCCAGUCACACGGGAGAGACAGGCACCGCCUCAUGUGUGUGUCGCCCUGGAUUCUACCGAGCUCCCACCGACAGUCUGGAUACACCCUGCACACGGCCCCCUUCAGCACCACGUGAUCUCUUCCCCCAGAUCAACGCCACUUCCCUGACCCUGGAGUGGAGCGAACCAUUAUACAGCGGGGGCCGCUCGGACCUCACCUAUAGUGUGGAGUGCCGAGUGUGUGUCAGCCCCAGUGGGCCGUGCUCGCAGUGCGGGGAGGGUGUGAGCUACCGGCCCGCCCAGAGAGCCCUGCAGGGCCGCCGCGUCAGCGUGUGGGGCCUGCGACCUCACACCAGCUACACCUUCACCGUCCUGGCCCUGAACGAGGUUUCCCAACUCAGCACGCAAGGGCCCGCUGGGGAGAGCAUCAACAUCACCACUGGCCGCAAUGUUCCAGUACUCGUCUCAGGCAUUAGGAAAAGCACAGCGACUGAGUCAAGUCUGACGCUGCACUGGGCCGUGCCAGCCCAACCACACUACAGCAUCCUGCAGUACCAGCUCCGCUACUGCGAAAAGGAGCGGGGCACUGAGGAGCACUGGUGUCGCUAUAAGGAGAGCGAGAGUAACCAGGUGGUGCUGAGUGACCUGCGGCGGGCCACGCAGUACGAGGUGCAGGUGCGCGCCCGCACGUCUGCCGGCUACAGCAGCUUCAGCCCGGCCACGUCCUUCCGCACCCUGCCCGACGAAGAUGACUCCUCAUCCCCUCUGCUUGUUACCGGGGUCCUUAUCGCCAUGGGAAUGCUUCUCCUCAUCACUGUCAUCGGCAUUGCUAUCUACUGCAUCCGCAAACAGAACCGUCUGAAAGAUCCAGAACUGAGUGAUAAAAAUGCCCAGUACCUCAUGGGCCAAGGAAUAAAGGUCUACAUCGAUCCUUUCACCUACGAAGAUCCGAAUGAGGCCGUGCGAGAGUUCGCUAAAGAGAUCGACGUCUCCUGCGUGAAGAUCGAGGAGGUUAUCGGAGCAGGUGAGUUUGGUGAGGUGUGUCGUGGGCGCCUGCGUAUCCCCGGUAAGAAGGAAAACUACGUGGCCAUUAAGACCCUGAAGGGCGGCUACACAGACAAGCAGAGGCGGGACUUCCUGUCGGAAGCGUCCAUCAUGGGCCAGUUCCAGCACCCCAACAUCAUCCACCUGGAGGGCAUCAUCACUGCCAGCUGCCCCGUCAUGAUCAUCACAGAGUUCAUGGAGAACGGAGCACUCGACUCCUUCCUCAGACUGAAUGAUGGCCAGUUCACGCCCAUCCAGCUGGUGGGCAUGCUUCGCGGUAUAGCGUCAGGGAUGAAGUACCUGUCUGAGAUGAGUUACGUCCAUCGGGACCUGGCAGCACGGAACAUUCUAGUCAACAGCAACUUGGUGUGUAAGGUGUCUGACUUCGGCCUGUCGCGAUUCCUGCAGGAAAACUCGUCUGACCCCACAUACACCAGCUCACUGGGUGGGAAGAUCCCGAUCCGCUGGACGGCUCCGGAGGCCAUCGCCUUCCGAAAGUUCACCUCCGCCUCUGACGUGUGGAGCUACGGGAUAGUCAUGUGGGAGGUGAUGUCGUUCGGAGAGCGACCCUACUGGGACAUGAGCAACCAGGAUGUGAUCAAUGCCAUAGAGCAGGACUACCGCCUGCCUCCGCCCCCCGAAUGCCCCACCCACCUGCACCAGCUCAUGCUGGACUGCUGGCAGAAAGAGCGAACGGCUCGGCCGCGAUUCGCCAACAUCGUCUCGGCCCUCGACAAGCUGAUCCGCAACCCCGCCUCCCUCAAAAUCACCGCCCAGGACGGAGCAGGGCCGUCCCACCCGCUGUUAGACCAGCGCUCUCCGCCAACCCCCUCCUCAUGCAGCUCCAUGGGGGAGUGGCUCCGGGCCAUAAAAAUGGAGCGCUACGAGCAGAGCUUCCUGCAGGCCGGCUACACCUCCACCCAGCUCCUGGCUCACCUCAACACCGAAGAUCUGCUGCGGCUGGGAGUCACUUUGGCUGGCCAUCAGAAGAAAAUUAUGUCCAGUAUUCAAGCUCUUAGGAUUCAGAACAAAAGUCCCAGUAAUAUUCUCUACUGACCUGCAUCACAACACAAACAUAUAAAUAAGUGCACAACAUAAACACAUGCAAAAUAAAUACAUGAGUGUGCAUGAGUGUGCACA